AUGGAACCAUUUGCAGCUGGAUUUGUCAAAGGCUGGAGGAGGUCCACUACUUUUUUGGCAGUUCUUGCUGGCCUGAAAGCCUUGGAGAUCAAAGCAGAAGACAUUCCAAAACAAUUUGCUGCUUCUUCGAAGACAAUUCAUUGCACAGUGGGAAACUUCAGUUCCAUCAGAGAGCAGAUCUUCGCCAACCGUGGCAUUACCCUUGCCAGCACUCAGACAAGGAAGGCACCUCACGCCUUCAAUUUCUUGAGGCAAAUUGAAUGCCUGUCCAGGGCUGGCUACGGAGGAGCAAGUGCCCAGUUUGAAGCUGAUUGGCAGCAAUCCAUUGACUGGUCCAACAGCACAGCUGUUUGCAAGGCCUUCCAGAUAGGUAAAUGGGAAGGCGCAGCUGUCAGUUGUUUGCAGGCAAACGUGGAGCCAGCCAUUGUGUCCAUGCUCAGGGACUGCGUUUCAACGCGCGGCAUGCGCUCAUUCAUCUCCCACGAAGUCGUGGGUCGAGGAUGUUUCAACACAGGGUGGACUAGUGCCUCGGGAAACCAAGAGAGUUGGCACUCACAGCUCACCAACGGGCAGGACGGGGCGCUGGUGACUGAGAGGUUGAACGUGAAGUUGUUCAUCCAGAGGUAUUGCCAUGACUGGGAUGCGCUCACAGAUGGCAUGAAGCGUCAGUGCACGUACAAAGAAGCGGUUUCCUUGCAUCAGGUGACGGGAUUGUUCUUGCAUUUCCUGCAGACUCUUGAAACAUAUCUUCCGAGUGGGCAGUAUCCAGCUGCUCGGGAGAAGUUGACUGGGAUGUUUCUACUUGGUGGACUGGAUGCUGAACUUCAGCUCCAGGGCGAGACCACGGUUCCUCCAGGUGAUGUGCGAGCUAUUGGCGCCUUCAGGAACUUGAUUUCGAGCCACGAGUCGCAGCAGGCCAGUGUGCAAGAAGAGCGCGCCCGUGAACGUGAGCUGAAGGUCCGGCAAGCCACGUUGGAGCAAAUCAAGGGCCAGUUGGAAGAUGACAUCAAACGGCUCCGUGAUACACUUCCAAGCAAGCAGGCGCAAACCGUUGAGACGGCUUUGGAUAUGAAAUACCUGAAGGAUCGGCAAGCGAAACAUGUUGGUGCACACAGUAGGAAGGGGUUUGAGUUUGUCGCAGAGUGGAUGCGGAAGAAUUGCCGGGUGGUCUUCAUUUCUGUCAAGGAUGAUGGCGAAGGUUCCAGCAUGAGCAAUACCCUGAGUGAGUUUUCCAAGUACAUCGCAGAGCGUGGCAACACUACGGGGACAACGCAUGUGAUUUGCUCCAUUGACGCAACCCUGUGGCCAGCCAGCAACCAGUACAUGCUGGACAGCGUGAGUUUGAUGCAGAACGUGUGCGCGCUUGGUCCGCAGAAUGUUGGCUUCGUGCAGAACCCAGUUUUUCAUGCAGGCACCACGAUGCAAGCGCUUGUCAAGCAUUCCCGCAGAUUGGAGGACGCGCUCAUGAAGAGCGAGCUUGACAUCACGCAAAGA